AUGCAGCAGGCCGCUCUGAAAGUCUCCCAGGGACGCCUGCUGUUCCUCUCAUGGAAUGCUGGAGGCUUGUCCCAGGCCCUGUGGCAGGAAUUCUUGCUGACACUUGAAAACAUGCCACCUGACGAACGACCCCAAAUCGUGUGUGUCCAAGAAACACAUUGGACGGACAAGGUGGCGCCAACAUUCCCCACUGCUACCUGGGAUGUGUACACCUCCCCAACCGCAGACAACAAAUCUGCUGGGCUCCUGAUUCUUCUCAAUAAGAAUACUACCCGCAACUGCAGAAUUGUUUACGCCGACCCUCAACCGGGCAGGGUGCAACACUUGAGGAUACUCCACGAUAAAUGGGCAGUUGACCUGCUGCACAUCUAUCAAAAGCCGCACAACUCUCAUCCACUCGCACUGCAAUCCUCGAAAACCAUACGUUUAGCUGUCUGGGAGUGCAUUGGCAAGAUCCUGGCAGCUCUGCCUGCCCGAAACACAGUGAUCAUGCUUGGAGAUUUUAAUACUCAGAUCAAGCCGUGUGCUGCAGCCGGCACCAGGAUCCGUUCAGGCACCAGUACGAGCACACAUCCGCCUGAUCAGGCAAGGUUGCAGCACCUAGUAGAGGACUUCUCCCUCUUACACCUCAACUCGUGGUGCAAGGCGGCUGGCCCUACAUACCAUCACAACAAAGGUGCUAGCCUUAUUGAUCAUAUCAUCAUGCGUUCCAGCCAAGCGGAUGAUCGUGCUAGGCAGGCGAGACCGCUCCGCCUGGGACUGGCUGCCUGGAGACUUGGUGGAUAUCACCUGCCACUGAAGGCCAGCAUCCCGCUUCAGCGUUUCCACACUCUUAACAAACCGGUGGCACCACAACGGGCAUGGGACCAUUGGGGCCUGAUUCAGGUUUGCCGCUCUACCUGGGAUCCGAGAGUUCAAAGUCUACGCUCUGCUGUCCAGGCGUCCCUACCAGGAGUUCAUGAUCUUGGGCAACUGCAUGAAACUCUGAUCCACUGUGCCUCCCAAUUCUUCCCGCCACCCGCAGGACAGCAUCGGCUGGCACUAUGGCAAACACCGCCUAUGCAGGAUGGUAUUCGCUCCAUGUGGCAGGCCUACCGAGUCUGGAAGACAGCCAAAGCUCAAGCUCAGCAUAAUCCGCUCUAUGUUUCCAGGUGCUACCAUCACUUCAAGACGGCACACAAGGCCUUUCGUCGUGCCGGGAAAGAAGCCAAAAAGCACUGGUUCCAUGGUAGGCUACAGGAACUCCAGACUGCUGCCAGCUCAGGCGACUCCCGCAAGCUAUAUGCUGGCAUUCGUACCUUAGCUCCCAAAUCCUCCAAGCCGAAGGUUCAACUGCGAGAUUCUGGCGGACACCUGCAGGAUCCCAAGACCCAGCUAAAACAGCUGGAAACGCACUAUCGCAAACUGUAUGCUGCGGACGAGGAUGGCAGCAUACAGGGCCCCCAGCGACAGCCCAUUCACAUUGAAGUCACGGAGGCCGAAAUGACCCUGGCGCUUUCGCAAUUGUCACCACAUAAAGCUACACCUCCGAACUUAGCCACAAACUCUCUAUGGAGGCUGACCUCGGACCUCGUUGCGCCUCUCUUGUGCCAAUGGUGCCGGCAAUGGCCUCAAAUACCAGAGCUUUGGAGAAGUGCACAACUAUCGCUGGACCUGUCCAGUGCUUUUGACCUCAUGGACUGGCGCCUGCUGGACAAGGCUUUACUAGCGUCCGAAGUUCCGGCUGAGCUCAGACACCAAAUCAUGUCCUGGCACUCUGAAAUCUCCUAUGUCCUUACUCACCUUGGGCACACUGCCAAGGUGGAGGCCCAAAGAGGACUUAGACAAGGGUGUAAACUGGCUCCGUUGCUCUGGACACUCGCCCUAGCACAGAUAUAUCGUGAGAUCCUUGCUGAGGGGGACCCGCUUCUCACAGCACCUUGGCUAGAGCAAUGCUCCACGAUUUAUGCUGAUGAUAUACACCUCAAGGAUACUGUGCAGAACACUCGUGAGCUGGACGACAUGGUGUAUCGCUUUAGUAAGAUCCUCGAUGCCCUUGCGGCCCAUGGUAUGGUCAUCAACUCGGCCAAAUCAGCAUUGCUACUGAGACAUAAGGGCAGUUUCAUCCGAGGCUGGCUGCGCCGACACCUCAUACCCAAACCCGAGGGGGACCUCCUACGUUUUCGCAGUCCACGGGGAACAGUGUAUGAAAUUCCAUUGCGUGACCAUCACACGUACUUAGGCAUACGCAUCUCCUACCAUUCACAGGCCAAACAAGCAGUCACCUAUCGGCUGCAGGCUGCGAAUCAGGCCUGGCAAAGACUCCGUGGUGUACUGUGCUCCACCAGGCAUCUCGCCCAGACGCAUCGUCUCAGUCUAUGGAAAUCCACAGUGCUUCCCACGCUGCUCUAUGGCAUCGCAGCAUCCAACCCAGGUGCCAAGGACAUACAGCGAAUGCGGACCUUCUACACAGAUGCUCUUUGUCCACCAUUUUGGAGCACCUACAGAGGGAAGUGGAAUCAGCUCGAGACACUGCCGCUACACUUCACCUCCAAGUGCAACGCCAAUGGCAGGUCCCUCUUGGGGACACAGAAGGCAUCACAGAUCCUGCUGUACAUCAGUGCCAGGAAUGUCAUCGGGUCUUUACCUCCUUUCGGUAUGCACAUGGAACAGAAGGACUUCCAACGUGCAGACACUGUGCCCAUCCCUUUCGACAAUGGGAUCUGUCUCCGGGGACCCACAUCCUGUCAAACGAUCAGGAUAGCUCCACUUCGCCGAGCCACGAGGUGGACUGACCUCCUUGUGAAACCGGAGACCUACUCGUAUCUCCAGCACCACUGCCCGCUGUGUUACCAGUGGCUAGCCACCCCUACCAGCAUCAAGUAUCAUCUCACCAUGCAACAUCCAGAGUGGAAAGAAUGCCAACCUUGCACCAUGACACUCUGCGCGGAUCCCAUGGAGCUGGACGAACAGGAGAAGCAAUUUUGGGCCCAUGCCGGUCCGGUCAAACGGGACCGGAACAAAGGCAAGGGCAAGGGUACCAAGGGCAAAGGCAAGGGAAAGCAGGGCCUACCAAGUCCAUCCAGUGCCAACCAGGACCUGCAGCCACUGGGAAAUCACGAUCCAGACUGGAUGGAGUACAGGAUGAAUCGACUAUCCCAGCUGGUCCUUCGUCAGGAGCAAAUCAUCUCAGCCAUCCGUCAGGAUCUGGUCCUCUACCUCUUUGUACGAUCAGGGCCAGAAGGGAUGGUACCGGUUCUCUGCGAAGCAGCGGAGAAAUGGAGGAAGAUGAAAGAGGAAGAACCCGAGAAGAUUACUUACUCCCUCAAACUCAUGCUCUUCAAGCAGCUGCUCAUCACCUUACACCAGAGGUUGACCAACAUGAUUGCGGACGAGGAUGCUCUCGCCAAAGCCAAGAACCUGAACUGGAUCGACGAUCAGAAACAUUGGAAACAUCUUACAUGGAAUCCUACCAAACAAUGUCUGGAAGUCGACAACUCGGUGAGGCCAAUACCGGCGGAAGAUCUGCUGGCCCAACUGGUUCAGAUGAGGAAGGCUGUUACGGAAGAGACCCUGGUGAGGUUCAAGUCCAUGAGGAAGCUCACCACGGAGGUGACCUCCGACUGGAUUCAGUUCCAGAUCUGCAUGUCCCUUCGCCCAGAGGGAGGAGCCAUGUGGAGCACGCUGAACCAGUGGAUCGGACAAGCAUCGUGGCACACCCUGGGUUGCAGGCUUCGCCGCGAUCGGCCGAACUACGACACCCUGGUCCAGGAAGUGUGGCAACAUCAGUACUCCACUCGGUACCGUGGCUUAUGCUGCUGCAAGCUUGGCCUUCUGUGCAUCGUCAGCACGAUGCAGCUGAACUGCUACAAUACCUUCUACCCAGGUCCAAGUCUGGAGCUCCAAGCAGCCAUUGAUGGGUGGAGUGCUCAGGUUACAGCCCGCUAUGCACUGCUGAAUCCGUCUCCCAUGCUUUGCAUACAACUCCAACGCUUCACAAAUGCCGAGGGAGUCAUGCGCAGGGACACCAGACCACUGGUCGUGGCCUCGACCACAGUUCGUAUGCCACUCUUUACAGGUCUGCACACAAUGCAAGUUCGCUAUGUCCACUACCAGGUCGUCGCUGUACAGCUUCACUACGGGGAGCUGGGGCCGACCUUCGUGAAACUCGGGCAGGUCCUGUCCAUUCGGCCGGAUGUGCUGCCCGAGAAGACCAUGAAGGAGCUGGCGCGCUUGCAGGACGCACAAACCGUCUUAUCCCUGAAGAAGAGGGUCUGUGUUGUGACGUUGAGCGAGUCGCGAGACGACAACAUUGAGACCUUCUCGAACGAGGAGGCCAAGGCCGUCAUUGAGGAGGAGCUUGGGCAGUCAAUUGAGGAGCUCUUCAGCUCUUUCAGCGCAGAGCCCAUCGCAGCGGCCUCGCUGGCGCAGGUCUACCGUGCCACAUUGAAGACUGGCGAGGAGGUCGCCGUGAAAGUUCAGAGGCCAGGGGCUCUCAGCACCAUUUCCAAGGACCUCUACGUCUUGCGGCGCUUGGCGGAUGUGAUGCAGCCGCUGAUUCGGCGCUUCACCGCAGAUGAGACGGACUACAUCGCCCUAACAGAGACCUUUGCCGAGGGCCUCUACACAGAGCUGGACUUCCGAAACGAGGCCUUGAAUGCGAUCCGCAUGGAAGAGCUGCUGAAGGAGAGCCUGGAGCCCGAGGCACUGGACAGGAUUGUCAUCCCGGGGCCGCUCAUGUCGCUGACGAAGCGCCGCGUGAUGCUCUCUAAGUGGGUGAACGGCGUGAAGUUGAGCACCCUGCCGGCGCAGGAGAUCAGGGAGCUGAUCUCCGUGGGGCAGGAAGUCUUCCUGACGCAGCUUCUGGACAUCGGCUUCUUCCAUGGCGACCCACACCCUGGCAACCUCUUGAAGAUCACGGAAGACGCAGGGAAACUUUGUCUUCUGGAUUUCGGACUCGUUGCCCAGGUGCCUCGGGAGGAUCGCGAGCUCAUCAUCUCUGCUGUGGUGCACCUGGGAACGCAGAACUGGGAGGCUCUGAUCGCCGACUUCCAGCAGCUCAGGUUUCUGGCUGAAGAUGUGGACCAGGCCGCCUUGGUGCCGAUCCUCCAGCGCGUCCUGGGGCCCUACUUGAAGGGCGGCGGCGCGCAGGCAUUCAAGAAUGCCAACUUCCAGGCUCUGACGCAGGACCUCUUGAAGGUGAACCUUGAGGUGAAGUUCUCCAUCCCACCCUACGUGUCACUGCUGGCACGCUCCGUGGCGACCCUGGAGGGCGUGGCUCUACAGGGGGAUCCCCAGUACCAGAUCGUCGCGAUGGCCUAUCCCUUCGUGGUGCGCCGGCUUCUGCAGAACUCCAACCGCCGCUCCUUCGCCGCUCUUCGCGAGCUCCUCUACGACCCCCAGACGCGGCGCAUGCGGCCACAGCGGUUGGCCACUUUGCUCCAAGCCUCCCUGGGGGUGGUGGCUGGGGCAUCCGAGGGCUCCAGGAGUGGCUUCAUCGACUUCGACGCCGUGCCCGAGGAGGGGGCGCCCGCGAAGGAUGUGGUGCGAUUCUUGCUGUCCCCGGCGGCCCGGAAUCUCCGGCCGCUGCUGAAUGCGGAGCUCACCUACGGCCUGGACCUCCUGGGGAACCGAGUAGGUAGCAUUCACGUUUAG